CUUUGGUUGGCUUUUGAAUCUUGUUGGUUUUUUUGGUUAUUAGCUUGGGCAAAUGGCUUCAGAUCCAAAGGUUCACACUUUUGAAGAGGUUGCCAAGCACAACCUAACCAAAGACUGUUGGUUGAUUAUCUCUGGAAAGGUGUAUGAUGUAACCCCAUUCAUGGAUGAUCAUCCUGGAGGUGAUGAAGUUCUACUAUCAGCAACUGGGAAAGACGCAACCAAUGAUUUUGAGGAUGUGGGUCACAGUGAUGCAGCAAGAGAGAUGAUGGACAAAUAUUACAUUGGUGAGAUAGAUGCAUCUACUGUUCCUGCUAAACGGACUUAUAUUCCACCCCAGCAAGCCCAUUAUAAUCCUGACAAGACCUCCCAGUUCAUCAUCAAGAUCCUACAAUUUCUGGUACCUCUCUUGAUUUUGGCAUUGGCCAUCACUGUCCGGAACUACACAAAGAAAGAGUAGCUCAUUAAUACACAACUCCGUACCAUAUUUUGAGGGAUUAAUUGAUCAUAUGGUCAGAUAGUUGAAGGGCAACCCUCACUAUGUUUGUUUGAUUUCCGUUUGGUUUUAUGUGUCAACAUCCAAUAGCAGCUCAUAAAAUGAUUCAUGAAAGACAAUAGUGUCAGUAAACUAUUCAAAACGACUGCGGAUUGUUUAAUUUUGUUCGAAAUUAUAAAGCCCUUCAUUUUCU